AUGUAUGUAUAUGAAUCAACCACAACGUAUAUCGGAAUCUUACCAGGAACUCAGUAUUUCACAUUAAAAUACAUAAUAUAAUCAAUGGAGAACAAGCCAGGAGCUAGAGCCUUAUUGGCAAUGCAAAAUAUGAAGAACGAAAUAAUUGAUUUCAAAAAACCAAAACAAGUUAUCAAAAAAACAAAAAAGAAAAUUCUUACAGAGGAACAAUAUAUUCAAGAAAUGGGUAGAAUAAUUCAAAGAGAUUUUUUUCCAGAUUUGGAAAAACUGGUGGCUCAAAAUCAAUAUUUAGAAGCAAAAGAAAAAAAUGAUAUUUAUAAGCUUAGAGAGCUGUAUGAAAAAUAUAGUCAUGGAAAUUUAACACAAUCUCGAAGAACUGCAAAUGAAAGUCCAGCUACAUUCGAAACACCUUUUGUAAAUCCUAAUAGCACACCAUUACCAAAUGAUAGAGAUACUCCUCGUUCAAACAGCUCUGUUAAAAGUAAUGAAAAUGUUACUGGUGAUAAUACAAUUGGUGAUAACCAUAGUCUUGACACUUUUUUAAACAACUUUACUAGUGAAGAUAAUCAAAGUUUUCAAGAAAUUAUGGAAAAAGCUGAAGAAAAAUUAAAACAAAAGUUUGCAGUUUUAUACAAUGCUGAAAAAAUGUCUGCAAUUGAAUUUGAAAAGAAGUUGGCUUUGCCAGCGAUAGAGAAACAAUUUGGUGAGAAAUCCGGUGGGGAAAUUGAUACUUGGAGAUACACAAAUAAAAAUACAGUUAUGUAUAUUCCUGACGGAGUAGAUUUCACAAAAGCUGAAAAAUUGGAAUUUGCAAAACGUAAACCAGCUGUUGUACAUUCCAACACUAGGCUAAAACCAAAUUUCAAGAAUCCAUUGCCACCUGGUAAUGAUGCAGCACCAAACAGUCGUUUAACUAUUGAAAAAGUUGAUAUAGAUGGAAAUAUAGUCAAAAAGCCGGAAAACCCUAAUAGUAAAUACGAUUUUGUUAGAACACCAUCCCCAAAUCCAAGUGAUAUGGGAAGUCCCUUAAUGACAUGGGGAGAAAUCGAAGGUACACCUUUUAGAUUAGACGGUAGUGAUACACCGAUUUGUUCUAUACCUGGGCCGUCAUUUCGAAUAAAAGAAACACCUAGAAGAGAGUGUAUCGCACAUGAACUAGCAGAAAAAGCAGGAGAACGUUUAAGAAAUCAAAAACAAAAUGCAUUUGAAGCGGCCAAACGUAAUAUAAGUUCACCCUAUAUAAAAUCUGUAAUAGAUAGGAAAUUAGCUAUGUCUCCUGCAGCUAGAAAAUUAGCCGCAUCAUCUAAAGUCAGGUUAAGAACUUCUCUUUUGACUCCCCGAAGUACGAAAACCCCAGAUUCUUCAAGAAGAAUACAUAAAACAAGUACAACUCCCAUUAUUGUUAGGAAAGCUCCAAUAACUACACCUACAUCACUCAGUAAAUCAAAAGAGUUAAUAGUUGAGGACCAAGCGGAUCAAAGUAUGGAUAUUUUAAGUUCACCAGAAAGUGAUUUAACUUCCAAUCUUUUACAAAUUCCUAAAAGAACGAAAGCUUCAGAUUUCUUUUAAUGUAAUUUACAAUAUUUAUAAGAGGAUUCUAAUAAAAUUUAGACAUGUUGAUUAAAUUCAGACUAUGUAUUCCUUCUUGAAUAUCAAAUACAGGGCAAUUUUAUUUUUAAAUUAAGCGUCAAAUUUUAAAUUCUUAUUUCUAAAAAUCUUACAUAUUAAAAAAAAUUCUUAACAGAGUGUACU